GGGGCGUGGCGUUGGGGCCGGGGCGGAAACGCUCUCGUCUCGGCUCUCCCGCCGCCGGGUUCGCGGGGCAGCGAGGGUCGCGGUGCGAGCGGACCGGCCGUCGUGUUCGUCUGGCGGACCUGGGAAGCGCAGGGCCUGGCGCCGGACGCGGCCUAGCGCCCACGGGAGUCUGAGUCUUGGCGACCCCGCGGGGUCCUCCCCGGCGCGGCGGAUGACUUCCCCGGCCUUCCUGGGCGCCCUGUGCCUGACGCUGAGCUGCUUGGGCAGCGCGCGCGGGCUCGGGAGGAGUGACGACCUUGAGUGGGGCAAGCUAAUCAUGGUUCACCACUGGCCUGCGACUGUGUGCCAGGAAGUUCGGGGCCAUUGCAAAGACCCUCCAAAUUACUGGACGAUACACGGAUUAUGGCCCGAUAAAAGUGAAGCAUGUAACCGAUCCUGGCCCUUUAAUCCACAGGAGAUCAAGGACCUUUUGCCAGACAUGAAGAGGUACUGGCCCGAUCUUCUCCAUCCGUCCAACUGCAGCCUCCAGUUCUGGAGCCACGAGUGGAAGAAGCAUGGGACCUGUGCCGCCCAGCUGGACGCCCUCAAUUCCCAGUGGAAGUACUUCAGCAAAAGUCUGGAUCUGUAUAAGGAGCUGGCCUUGAGCAGUGUGCUCCAAAAACUGGGGAUAGAACCAUCUACUGAUCACUACUACCAGGUGUCAGACAUCAGAGAUGCGCUUGUCAGCGUGUACAAAGUCGUGCCCAAAGUCCAGUGUUUUCUGCUAGAGAAGGGCCAGGAGGUGCAGCUCCUCGGGCAGAUGGAACUCUGCUUCUCCAAGGACCUACAGCUGCUCAACUGCACCCACGCUGGGGAGCCGGCCGCCCGCGGGCAGGGAGCCUGGCCGCGCCUGGGCCUGCAUGUCUGCGAGGAUGGCCCGGUCCUGUACCCGCCGCUCGACCAGACCACACUCUGAUGCCGCGGUUUGUAAAUCUCCACUUUGAAAAGCAAGAGGAAUUGACAGACCACUGAUUUUUAAAAAGCAGCUCACAGCCGCCUUAUCCUGAGCCUGUUCUGUUUGUCCUGCUUUGCACCUCGUGUCUGGGAGUUGAGACUUGUGGUCCAUGUAAAGAUGGGGUGAGGAGGGGAACACCGGGAGGGAGGGGACAGCCCCGCCUCUUGGCUGCCUUGUGGUUGGAGUGAAGCUCUGGUUUCCUUUUUCUCUCCUUUGGCAAUCUCUGUGACCUCUGUGGCAUUUCCCCCCCAAGACAGUCAGCACACUGAACGCCCCUGCGUCCUUCCACCGGGCCCUAGGUCCUGCCCUUGCUGCUAUCCGCCAGCUGUGUGGUCACUCAGAGCCAUGUGGCUGGGUAGACCAGGAGGCCUGGCCGACUCUAGGCAUUGCUUCCUCAGCUGGGACCUGUGAGCAGGUGUUCAGGGGCUCCAACAUCCUUCAAGGAGCAAGGGAGGGACCCCAAGUGACACAGCUGUUUCAUCCUUAAAUUUCACCCCGGCCAAGCAGCUCACCCGAGACUCACCAGCAUCGUCUCGACCCCGGGCCCUGAACCGGCGGAAUUUCGGUGCCCGUCUCGCCCUGUGGGGCGCUUAUGAAGGAUCCGUCAGUCGGGAGUUUUGUCUCGCGGGUGCGUCUUCUCCUCCAGCUCCCGCUGUCUGCAUAUUUUCCUCCCUGGCGGCCAGCCAGUCCCUGCUGUCAGCCUCUCAGAGCUGAUAUCUCCUCUCUGACUCCUCGGGGGGCUGACGGCAGGGACCCAGACGUGCCCAGCAGCAAAUCACUGAGGCGUGUGAGCACUUUGUGACUUCGUGUUUCCUGCCGCUGUUACACGCCGGGGCCUCCGAGCAACCCCGGGGGGAGCAGGGCAGGGUGCUCGUCUCCUGUUAAAGGAUGUGAAAACAGCUCCUGGAGGUCCUGUCGCUCCAGGGUGGGCCUUGCUCUGGUUAGAAAUGCAGAGUCUCGGGCCCCACGUAGACCUGCCGGUCUGAGUCUGCAUCUUCACAGCGUCUCGGGUGAUGCCUCUGCUCGGUGGCAAGUGAGAAGCGUGGUUUCAGGGGAUGCACCAGCCGGGGACCCAGAGCGGGGUGGUCUCACAGCCUGAGUGACCCCACUCCAGCCUUCCCAGGGGGUCCAGCAGUCCCCUCUCUGCCCCCACGCUCCUCCGGCCAGGGAGAUGUAGGACUGGGGCCUAGAUCCAGGACCCAGACCCACGUCCGCUCACAACCGCCGAGACGGCGAUGAAGAGGCGGUGCGGAGCCAGCAGCGCAGGCAGGGCCCGCGGGUGAGGGCGGCAACGAGCCCAAGGCCGGGGCCCGGGGUCCUGAGGGUCCAGGAGAGACGGAGAACCUGGCCCGCAUCGCAGCGGCACCGCGUCCCGGACUCGCUUCCCUCACUGCGAGGCGGACACGGGCGGGCGCGGCAGGGAUGAAGGGCUUGGGCUGCGUCUGGCACGAGGUGGGGGCCUGGCGGUCGAGGGGGCGGCCCCGUCCUCCCCCGAGCCCCCAUCCCCACGCCCUCCUGCCCCGAGUUUCCGUGCAUUCAGCAUUCCCCGGCCGUGGCUGCGUUCCAGCGUGGAGGCGGCCGCCCACCCGCCCUGGUGGGCCGAGAGUGGCGGGUUACACAGCGCUCCGAGCCCCGUCGCUUUGCAGAAGAGGGUGUCGUUCUACAGACAUUUCAACGCCUCCUUAACCCUUGUGACGCAGUGCGCACGUGACCCGUGGCCUCGCUUCCAAGGCCCGAGUGGGUUUGAGCUAACCUCGCGGGCAGUGAGUCUCACCGGGAGAAGGGUCGGCUGGGCGGCGCUUUGCGGACCCGCUGGAGGCGCGGUCUGUCGGCCUGAGCUGGGCUGGCCCAGAGCCGCCUCUCCCGCACGACGGCGCUGGGGGCAGGGGAGGCGAGCUGACCGCAGGGCGCCCGGGGGCGGAAACCAGGCCCUUCUGGCUUGCAGACCCAUCUGCUCCCGCGCGCGUCUGCUGUGUCCUGCGCUCGCUGGGCAAUCUCGCUGCUGUAAUAACACGCCCAGCAUUUCAGGGGCUCCCCGCACCCCCGGCAAGUCUGCUCCUCUCUCCCGGGAUGUCCAGCACCGUGUGUUACUUGUUGGGCAGGUUCCCCACGGUGACUUGGGGGCCAGGCUCCUGACGUGCUGGCUCCGAGGGCCCCCUUUUCACCUUAUUGCUGGGCUUCAUCUUUUAUUUUUGCCAUGGGCCCGCUUUUGGUGGUCUGGUGAAUGGGCUUUUCCUAAGAAUAAUGUUUUUAAAUACAUCUCUGAAAGCACACAGGAUAACAAAGUAUGUAAUGUGAAAAUGUAAUUUCCUUUUAUUUUAAAGAUUUUCUUUUUGAUGCAGACCAUUUUAAAAUCUAUAUUGAAUUUGUUACAA